AUGGACUUGGCACAAUUACCACCCUACGACGCCGUCAACUUCAGAGCGCUGGCGCAGAAAGAUGAGGUCUUCAAAAAGGCAUGGCAAAAGAGCUCGGGGCAUCUCGACUUCCAAGAUGCAGACACCGUGAAAGUGCUCACAAAUGCCAUUUUGAAGGCAGACUUUGGCUUGAAUCUUGAAGUACCUGGUGACCGGCUUUGCCCUCCUAUCCCGAAUCGCUGGAACUAUGUAGCCUGGGUCCAGAGACUUGUCGAUUCAACGAGUCCCCACUACUUCAAUCGGUACGACCCGGAUCGCCAAGUUGUAGGCUUGGACAUCGGCACCGGAGCGUCCGCUAUCUACACUAUGCUAUGUUUGAAAACUCGGCCGAACUGGACUAUGUGCGCUACGGAGAUAGACAAGAAGAGCUUCGAUUCUGCGGUUCGGAACCUCACCCUGAACAACCUAGUCACUCGAACGAAGAUGCUGCAGACGAUAGACUCAAACAAGCUCAUCCCACUGCAGCACCUCGGAGUGGAGAAGCUAGACUUCACGAUCUGCAACCCGCCCUUCUUCACAGAUGAGAACGAUAUGCGCUCUAGUCUCAAAGGCGAAGGCAAAAGCUAUAAGCCAAAUGCGGUUUGCACGGGCGCUGAGAUUGAGAUGGUGUGCCCUGGCGGAGAUCUCGGUUUCGUGGCGAGGAUCGUCAACGAGAGCCUGUUGCUGAAGGACAUGGUUACCUGGUAUACUAGCAUGCUUGGGAAGCUCACCAGUGCCAAGUCAGUCGUGGGUUUGCUGAAGCAGCAUGGUGUCAACAACUGGGCUGUUGGCGUCAUCGAAGCUGGGGGGCAGACGAAGCGAUGGAUCGUGGCUUGGAGUUUCGGAGAUCUUCGGCCUCGGAAUAGCCUCGCCCGCAUUGACUCCAUCGCCCAUGAAUAUCUCCCCUUCCCCACCGAAUACCGCGUCCACCUCGAUGCCUCCGACGACAUCGCCGACGUCGAAUCCACCAUCAACGGCCAGCUGUCCUCCCUCGAUCUUCGCUGGACGUGGGACCCCGAGACCUCAGUCGGCGUCGGCGAGGCUUCGCAGAAUGUAUGGAAGCGAGCCUAUAGGCGCGAACACGAGAGAAGGAGGAAAGAAAUGGCGGCUGCUGGGAUCCAAGAUGCGGAGAUGGAGAGUGGCGCUGAAGAGAGGAAGGUAGCAUUGGCUUUCAGGAUCACAGUGGACGAGGGUGUGAAAGAGGUGCUGAUCGAGUGGUUGAGGGGGAAUGAUCAAGUGCUGUUCGAGAGCUUUUGCGGCAUGAUGCAUCGAAAUUUCAAGAAGUCCUAG